GAGCCCUGGUGCCUGUUGUUGUCCUGGGAUAGCAUCUGGGGAGCUGCCAGGUCCCAGCCCACAGCUCAAGCAGGCUUCUCUGAAGGUCCGAGCAGAUGAGCUUGGCAGCGGAGACUCAGAACGAAGGACCAUUCUUAGAGGGUCCAAAUUGCAGCAACAAAAAAAGAAAAAAAACUGAAGGAGAGCGAGGCAGCCCCACCCCACCCCCAGCAGUGCGGCGGCUCUGACGCGUGUGGGUGGAGCGAGGUGUGUGGGCAUCACCCCCUCCUCGUGCAAAUAAAGGCAGUGCCCAGCAAGCAGAGAGAGUCAGGGGGCAGUUCAAGCAGGCAAGGCAAGGCAAGGCAAGGCAAGGCAAGGCAAGGCAAGGCAAGGCAAGGCAAGGCAAGACAAGACAAGGCAAAGGCACCUUGCUAUAUACAAGGGGGCUUAACGCGUCACACGUAACAGGUCGUUGCUCUCUCAACAAACCCGAUGCAAUCGUGGUCUCCGCACGGCAGUGAGCUGUUGCUAAAAGGAAGGUGGCAGCUCAGACUGCAAGCAUGAAUGUCCUUGCUGCGGCUCAGGACUCAGGCUGCAAAGAAUGCCUGGCCCUGGCCCUGCUGCAGGAGGGCAGCAGGGAUACCAUCUGUGGGCUGUGUGAGCAGGUGGAUGAUCUGCUCAGCCUGGUGGUAGAGCUAAAGGAGGAAGUAGAAAGGCUGGGGAGCAUCCAGGAUUGUGAGAGGGAGAUUGAUGGAAUCACUCUGCCAUCCCUACAAGAAGGGUGCGGGGGAGAUGCUCUUCAGGCUGCAGGGGAUCAUCUACCCUCUCUCAGUCAGGUGGGAAGGGGUGACCUCAGAGAGAGUGAAGGACGGAAACAAGGCCCUGAUCAGGGCAGCAAGCAGACCACUUCUCAGCCUGUCCCACCCUCUCAGGUGCCCUUACAUAACAGGUAUGAGGCUCUGGAGCUGGAGGGAGAGGGGGGUGUGGAUGUAGGUGAAGGUGAAGGUCCAUCAGCGCAGAAGAGAUUGCCAGGGGCAAGUCAGACUGCUCCCCAUAUUGUUACAGCAUCAGUCAGGAGAAAAAGAAGAGCUCCCUUCAGAAGGGGACUCCCUUCUGAGGGGAACCGAGCACCCGAAAUGCCACUUGGAUCCGUCCCAGAGGGAGGUAUGUUGCCUGCCUGGAGCCCGUCUGAGAAACGGUGCUAGGAACAUCUCUUCUUAACUAGUUUUCCACAUAGGAAAUGAAGAGGUAGGCAGAGGUUUUCCUGCAGGUAUGUUACGUACUCAGUAACCGAUUCCAAGCAGGAACUCCCUAUUUUCUUGGUACAAAGACCUCGCACAACUCCCUUAUCUACUUGGUACAGAGACAUAGCUCUCCCCGUUACCUCAGCAGUCUGCAGGACUAUCCAUCAACAAACACUAGCAAGUUUAAUAAUAUUGUUACAACUGGUAGCAGUCCCUGCUUUUCUUCUGAUGGUUUGUGGCCAACACGCUACAACUCUCAUCAUAUCAAUUUAUUGCAUCUCCAUCAACAGUCAGAGUAGGAAUCGCAGCACUGUAUCAUUACACACGCUGUUGUACAUACAGCAACAACAAGAAGCAAUUAUCAAGAACAGUCUGUAGGUGAAUAUAGCCCAGUCACUGCACUGUUGUCCCGAAUCUGCGUUGCUGGGAAUGUCUCCCAGAGUGCGCAGGACAACUGGCCCCGAUUGAGGGCAUUAGUCUACUUGCAAACAUACCUUCAUUCCCCUCACAUAACCAAAACUUCCCGCCAGGGGCUCUGAAACCAGCUACUGGUUGGCUCCUGUAACAGAGCAAUCAAGACAACAGAACCAAAGAUGUCUAUAAGUGCCCUUUCUCACACUUUUUUUUGUGUCUUGCUUGGGUAGGCCCUGUGUGGAAUUGCAAAGUGAGGGCAUAGAAUGAUUCCGUUUUGUUCUCCGUGUGGAUCUGUGACAGAUUUACCCCAAGGCAUCCACUGUUUCUUUAGUUCUUUCCCCGUAUGAUUACAAGCAGUGGGAACUCUUGUGCAUUUUUAGUGCUGGAUUCAUUUUUGUUGUCUAUGUCUACACAUGCCAGACUGCCAUUGUUGCCAAUUCCACCAAUUUCCAUCUAGUUUAUCAAUGCUCCUGCUAGCAGAUAGCCUGCUUGCGUGCUCCUUGGUAGUUGGCUACAUAUCCAGCAAUCAAAGGAAUUAGCGACAUGAGCUAGUUUCCUUAGUAUUUGGAAUUCUACAUUACUUUUCUAUUGUUGACAGCCUACAAAGCAAACGCCUACCAGCAAAGUUACUUUAUACGUGAUGUGUGCUUAAUUAUCAUAACUUUCAACAGUGAGGUGGUCUGCUCAGCUUUCUGUGUCAAAGGUACUUUCUUAAUCCGAGAAUGAUAAAUCCAGGGUCCUUCUCCUUCUAAGUUUGCUGCAAUGCAGGGGCUCGAUAGAACUUGCAUGGGUCCUUUCCACCUCACAGAAUCACAGAAUCAGAGGGGUUGCAAGGGACCUCAAGAGGUCACUGAGUCCAAACUCCCUGCUGAAGGAGGUACCCUACAAUAGGUGGCACGGGUAGGCAUCCAGACAGGUCUUGAAUAUCUCCGUAGAAGGAAAAUCUGCAACUUGCAGUGGUUCAGAAGUCCAGGAUUUGACAUAUGCUCAGUUCCCUGGUUGGAAUGGAUACACUGGGGAAUCUGGACUCAGAGAUUUAUUUAAGACCACCUGUUUGUUUGUCUCUUGCAAGGCCUUCUUGAGAGCAGUUGUAUCAUUUUCCCAUCUGUAUUCGCAUCUCUCCUCAUAACCUCGGAGUCGGAUACAGUUUGUCCAUGUGUGUUGGCAGAGAAAGGAAGCGAGCCCAUGGCAGCACAGCAAUUGGUGGAAGACACAGUCCCCACUCAUCACCACGAACCUGGGCUGUGAGGCUUCCCUGCCUCAUCUGAGGUGCUCUGUGAGGUCAAAGCAGGUGUGCCCCGUCACAUCACUCAGGGGCCCCAUAGUAUUUCAUGUCGUACCCAAGAGACACCACUUGGUGCUCAUGGCUUCCAGAGCGCAAGGAGGGUGCUUGCAGGCUGUCAGUGAGGGGUCCCAUGGAGCAACCAUGGGGGUCUGCCACCAGCAGUGGCUGCUUGCUCUUUCUUCUCUUUCUGGUGGCCUGUUGCCAUGGACAGUGACAGGCUGUCCCCUGUGGACCAGUGAAUCUUGGUAUGUUGGGCUCCGCUGGAGGCACCGGCAACAAACCCUUCAGGCUUCCUGGAAAGCAGCCUUGCAUGGUGGGUCCACUGGGGAAACAACCAGGCUCUGAUACAAACUCUGCUCCCCUGUGCCCCAAGUAGGGGCUGGGAUGGUGUCAGAAGGGCUGUUUGCUGGCUAGCGGGUUCUGCACCAUGAGCAAUGGAAGCGCACUCUUUGGUCUUCAUGCGCUCCCCAUGUGGUUGAUGUAUGCUUUGAGGAUGUCGCAGGCUCCCCAGUAAGCAAGCGCAGGCUGUCUGUCCUGAAGGCAGGCUUAGUGCUGUAGGCUGUUUCCUCGAGGCAGCAUCCUGCAGCUGAAGCAGGCUGGUGCACACAUUGAAAGAAUCUGCACCCACGUGUGGCUUCUGCCUGUGGAUCACACAAUCCAUCUCCGGGCACUGCGGAUCCCUUAUGAAGAAGCAUAUGGCAACAGGUCUUGACGGCUUCUCUGCUUUGUUCUCCAUUCCAGAUGAUCGUGCUGGCGACAUGUAUGCAGCAUACCCCAUGGAAGCUGAUCUGGAACGUGGCGAGGAUCCCAGAGAUCUGCCUGUAGGCCGCAUAUCUGGGCUGCACCAUUUUCAUCGGCCUCAAGCCUACCGCGGGGCUGUUGCACCUAGGAUUCCUUCUUCCCGUUCUCAGAUGGAUCUUGGUUUUGAGCCUGAAGAGUAUCCCAGAGGUGCUGGCGGUGUGAGACCUACAGGGAGCAUGGAUCAGAAACGGGGAGAAAAUCACCUUGCAGUUGGCGUGCUUGCCAUCCUGUUCUCUCUGGUCAUUCUGGCUGCUUUGGGUUACCUGGCAAAACAGCUGCUGAUGAAGAGACAAGCAGGAGCCAUGCUAGGUGAAACUGGCAUUGACACGAGAAACAAAGACCUGCUUCCGCCGCUAGAAAAAGCACAGAACGUUGCAAGAAUUAGCAUAGAAAUUGAAGAUCUUACUGGGAAGUCAAACCCAAAUCUGGAGGGUGUUCUCUAUUCCACUUUCUCACGGCUCGCUGCCUUAUUCUGCCAGUCCCCACAGCAAUCCUCUCAGCCUGUCUUUUGCAGGCUGUCGGAAAUCACUGAUGACUCCUGCUCUGAUACAAGCAAAAAGACACCAAAGUCAGGAGAAGAGAGAAGUACGUGCUGCUGUGGAAGAGUGGUGGAACUGGGUGAACCAGAGAAGCCCUAGUGGACCAAGAAUGUCAAGAUCAGCACCGCUGGGGAGCUGUGGACCGCUGAAGAGAACAUGCAGUGUCCAUGAGAAAAAUACAUCAGAUAAUCUUGAAAGAGACUCUCCUAGCUGUGCUGGAAGCUCAGCAAUGCAGAGCAACAAGGAACAUCCUUACAUCCCUCCAUCACUUUGUCUCUCCCUCCCAGAAGUGAUGUGGGAAGGACCGGAGUGUUUGGGGAACUGUAGUUCUCCCUUAGCAGCUUUCCCAAUUCCAUCAGCUCAUUGCAUAAUGUCCACACUGAUGGAUGACCAUGACAGCGUUCACCACCUAUUCCGUAUCAUGACAUCAUGCCCAAGUUGUACAACACAGAUAUAUGUAUCUAUACAGUCAAUAAACUAUACUUAACAUUAUAUACAUAUAUGUGUAUAUAUGCGCACAUACACCUAAAACUACUGACUGUUCUCUCCCGUCAUCGAGUCUCCUUCAGGUACACACUGAAUGUCCCUGUUUCUUCUUUUGCGUUUCCCACCAAGUCCCUGAGCAAAAUCAGUCCCACAGGUGGGCUUGCUUUUGCCCGAGGCCAGGAUAACCCAAACCAUUUUCCCUUGUAAAUUCUUCUUAUGUACUGCAGGGACUCCAUCCCCUCGUACAGUACAUAAGGGACUGGAUUGAGCAGGGCCAUCUCGACUGGCAGAUCCCAGAGUGUUGACUAAGGAGGUGGCUUGUGAUAAAUGUUUAUCACACAUAACGUUGCAGUAGUGUCCACGGUCAAGCCCACCCCUCUAUCCUGAGCCCAUCCCUACGUUACACACCUUCUUUGAUGGCCUCUGGUGUCACGAGGCCACUGAGCUAGAAAUAGCUUUCUUUUAUGUUGCUGGUGCAGAUCUACGAGAGCACGAGACAGUCGACACAUCUGUGGACAGUUUCACAUUUGAAAGCAUUUCUUUGGCGCUGUUUGCUUUCAAACGGGAAGGCCCAGGAGUGUUUCCUGGCUGAAGACUGGCUGGUGCACCACUACUGAAGAUCAGCACUCCCUGACACCAAGGCAGUGCUGGAUCAAGGAGUGGCUAACUGCUUUGCUUUGCUGUUGCUAGGAAAAUUUCUGCUCCAAGAAGCUUGCUUGAUCGUCUUUAUCCCACAAAGAGACAGAGGAGAGGCCUCACCUUUCUUUAUUCCGAUGAUGGGAGAGUCCACUGGGGCAUAAUGAAAUGCUUUACAUUGCUUCUGGGUGGAAUCUUAGGUGAAGGUGCCACUGACAUGAGAAGCAAAGACCCUGCUCCGCUAGAAGAAUAGUCAAAAUCAAGAAUUACCGUGGACAUUGAAGAUCUUUCAUGCAAGCCAGACCC